AUGGACAUCCGCGUGGAUCCCGCGCAGCUGCGCCGCCUGGAGAACUGCUCCGUCAUCGAGGGCAGCCUGCAGAUCCUGCUGAUGUUCACGGCGGGGGGCGAGGACUUCCGCGCGCUGGCCUUCCCGCGCCUGGUGCUCAUCACCGAGUACCUGCUGCUCUUCCGCGUCUACGGGCUGGAGAGCCUGCGCGACCUCUUCCCCGGCCUGGCCGUCAUCCGCGGGGCCAGCCUCUUCUUCAGCUACGCCCUGGUCAUCUUCGAGAUGCCGCACCUGCGCGACAUCGGCCUGCGCAGCCUGACCAACGUGCUCAACGGCUCCGUCAGGAUCGAGCGCAACCAGGAGCUCUGCCACAUCUCCACCAUCGACUGGGCGCUGCUGCAGCCGGCGGCGGCGCUCGAGCACAACAUCAUCCUGCACAACAAGCCGGCCGAGGAGUGCGCCGACGUCUGCCCGGGCAUCCUGGGCGGGGAGGAGCCCUGCGUGCAGACCCCCGCCGGCCUGGCCGGAGCCUUGGAGUACCGGUGCUGGACCUCCAGCAACUGCCAGAAAGAGGGCCAAGAGUGUUGA